AUGAAGGUAUUCUCAAUGUCAUUCUCGAUAACAACAACAAGAGAACAUCGGAAUGCAACGAGGAAAUGGAGGGAGAGACGCCAAUAUGUAAUAGUUAUUGGCGCGUACCAUGGUGCUAUUCUGGAUCACCACCAAGAAGAACAAGCAAUCCUUUGGUACAUGACGUGCAAUUCAUUAGACAACAAAUGGAGCUCAUUUCUCCUCUCAAUCGAAGCAACCUCUCAGAUAAAUUUUCUUUUGUUUCUUCCGCCUCUUCCGCCUCCCCUGUUUAGAUACCCACAUCCACAUUUCUUCUCCUUUUUAUCUAAGACACCUCCUAUUCCAUGA